AUGGCCCUGAAAGUAUUGAAAUACUGGAAUGCCGUUCUUGGUUCGCUCAAAAGAUUGGAGGACCACGCUUUCACCCAGGAGCCUUCCGCGCCAACAGUCAACUUGGUACUUCAAGAAAAGAUGGACACGGCAUUCGAAGCACUGGUUCGUGAGGAACUACCGGCUUUAAUCACCCGCCGCUGGAUCCAGGCAGCGAGUUUGACCAUCAGGAAAAGAGUGACUGGGACCCUACCUGAGCAUCUCCAGCAGCUGUCUGAGGGCUUAGCAGAGGUGUUUUGUCUGACUGAUCCACCACGAGAAGACAACCCAAUUAAUUCUACCCGAACGACUCAAUACGGCGUCAAGCACGUAAUACGCCGCAACUGCCGCCUUCUCCAAGGGCCGAAAACAAACCCUGCCAGUAUCGACAGGAUCCGUGACAAGCUAGCAGCGGGCAAGGAGCAUCACGAAACCAUUCUCAACUACAGACGGAGACGGCUUCCCGUUCAUGAACCUCCUCAUGUGCGCCCCGUUGCUCGACAGCCAAGGGGUAACGCGGUACAGGAUUGGCGCCCAGAUUCUGACAACAGCCCAGAAACCAACCCUUUUUCCCCCCAGCUUGCCCUCCGUCACCUCGCCGAGGUGUUGACCGCCCCAGAAAUCGAAAUUGUCCGCAACCACGGCGGCGGCCGUCACUCCCCCGCCCACGAGGAUGAAACACCCAACUGGGCCAAACCCGACGACAACCCCAUCCCCCGACCCCUCUUCCAAUUCCCCCUCUCAGCCGACAUGGAAGAGCUGUCUGACCUGUCGGGGGGGAUCUUCCAAACACCUGUUCUCUCUCGCAUUGGCGGGUUUGACAGGGUAAGGCAGGAGUUGGAGCAAGGGUUUAAAGAGGGGGGUGGUGUUGUCACGGCAAAGAUGAGGUGGUUGACGAGGUCAGCGGAGGGAAGGACGAGGUGGGUACAUGGUACGCCGUUGGUGGGGAGUAAUGGGAGGGUGGGGGUUUGGAUGGUGGUUCUUGUGGAUGAUCAGGAGAUGGGGGUUGGGGAUAGGGAAGGGAGGGGGAGGGUGGCGCUGGUGGUUGAGCCGGGGUUUUUGAGGGGGAUGACAACAAGAGGUGAGAGGGGGGGGGAGGGGGGGUAUGAUGCGAUUAGUUUGGCGAGUUUGAGUCAUUUGGAUUUGAACUUGCCACCUGGUCAUCAUGGGGAGAAGGGGGGGGCUAUCACGGGGAGGUGA